CACCUGACGUGAGCUCCUCCCGCGCGUGGGCGUGCACGUGCGGUCAUACAGUCUGGGGGGAUUCCACCUUUCACUUUCAGCCCCGUGAUAUAAACACGGCAACUGUCAGACUUCUCCAUCGGCGCCUAACGAUGCACUACACUGGAGUACUGAGCCUGUUUCUCCUCUCACUCGCUGUCCGAGAGCACAGCGCCAGCGGGGAGCAUGAAGCGCUGUCCGUCUGCGGGGGGGACGCAGUUUUGCGCUGUUUGGCAGCGACUGAGCCCGGUGUGCGCUACCAGUCUGUCAUAUGGUACAAGGUCAGCGAGGCUCCCUCUCACAAGUUAACUGGUCUAGUGCUGAAGAGGCUGACACAAAAUAACGGCACUAUUCAAAGAUACAGAGGUUUGAUGCGGGAGGUGGAGCUGCUGGAGGGUUCACAGAGCCUUCUCCUGCCCAACGUGACUGUGGAGGAUGCUGGGACAUACCUCUGCUUUCUCUCCGCUCCUCUCGGCCAUCAGAACCAGCAGAGAGAGAUUCACCUCAGGGUCUAUGAACAACCCAAAGAUGACGCAGGAAAAUAUGAAGAAAGUGAUACAUUUUAUCUGGUGCUGGCCAUCACUUUACUUAUAGCAGCACUGCUGAUGUUCUAUGUUAGUUAUAUUUGUCUAAGGAAUACACUAAUCAGCCACAAAGACAAGUUCUCAAAAGAUGCUCGACUAAAGACAACUCAGAAGAUGAAGCACCUCAUCGUUAGCUUGGAAUCAAAAGGAGUUGUUUCGAAGAUUUCAGCCCAGGAAUAUGUGUGACUCUGUGUGACCUCAUAUUCUGGUCUCAAACCGAGAAACACGUCAAAGAUGGUCAGUAGAAGAAAUAGUGCCUUGUUGACAUUGUCUGAAUGGUGAGACAAUGUUCAAUGCUGGAAAAGGAAGGACUGGGCUUGUCCUUACUAAGACUGUGCCUGUGCUGGUAAAGCAUCUUUCAGGUGUGCGCAGUGGAGACUUUUUCGUUUGUAAUUCUCAUCUCAACUGAUUUUAAACUAUGCAAAUGUAUCAUUUCACAUACACCUGAUAAGAAGAUGCUUUUGUUAAAACCACAUAAAACCUGUUACAGAGCAGAGAGCUCUGUAGAUGGGAUAAGUGAUCGUUCAGAUGUCAUGUAGAAGCUGGAGUUUGUUAGCUUCCCACUAGCUGAUCUCCGGUCUAGACUUCUCCACGCAAGCUGAUCUCCGGUCUACACUUCUCCACGCAAGCUGAUCUAUGGUCUUCAGUCUAGACUGCUCCUCGCUAGCUGUAUACAGUUAUCUCUGUGAAGACAACUAUGUUUUCUAGUAUUUUUUUUUUCAUGCAAGUGGAAAACUUUAAUUUGAGGCUGUAUAAUUAAACUGUUUGAACAGA